UCAGACUUAUGUCAGUUUUGACAAAAAUGGUGCGUUCUUCGUUCGGUGCAUUCUUCAUGUUUAACAAAUUAGUGUGAAGUUCUUCUGAUUUAAUAUGGUUUUGUGUUGAGAAUUUAGAUACAAACUGAAUGUAGCACAUAAAUGAGGUUGAAUGAAUGUGAUGUUUACAAAAUAAAAUCGUCUUUCUCAAGAAUGAUUGUUGUCUAAGUACUGCAAUGGCGUUAAAUUGAUGUAUUUUCAAUAAAAUGGGAGGUCUUUCCAUAAAUUGUCCCCUCUGUUGUAAUAAAACCUUUACCUGUAGAGAAUCACUGCAGGAGCACUUAUCAAAUGUAUUGGAUAACUUGUAUUGUACUAUUUGCAAUAGUAAAUCAACUUCAAUAUUAGAGCUCAUAAAUCAUAUAGGUCAGAAUGACUGCCAGCCAGGACCAAGUCUCCGGCAUACUAUAAUAUAUGAGGAUGAAAACACAGAAGGGAAUAAUGACCAAAAUUCAGCAGAUACACAAAGUUCUCAAACCAAAGAAUAUGAACAUGAAAUUGCUACCAGUAAUGCCAAUACAAGUUUCAAUGAAGAACAUAGUUACGAAGCUCAUGUUGAUCCGAAUGACAGCAACAAGAUGUAUGUGGAGUUUAUCAGUAAACAGUUGACAAAACCUUGCUUGCAAACAAGGGAGCUAAAACUCGUGAAGGAGAAUGGAGAGAGUCGGUACAUGAUAAUUACACAGGAUGAUGGGGAGGUGAAUGCUGAAAGCACUAUUGUGACAAAACAAAAUAUAGAUGGUACUAUAUCUUUGACAACUGUGAAAGAUAUGAAUAUAGUAACAGAUGCAGUGAUAGCAGAGGGUGCCCAACAAGAAGAGACCAUUGAAGCCUACAGCUGUAACACCUGCAAAGUAUCCUUCUCAUCAGUUAUAGAGCAUAUACAGAACUACCACACGGAUCAAGAAGUUGUAGUCGAGGUAGAGCCUCUAGAUGAUGGAGGCACGGGUACAAUACAGUAUCGCACUGUGGAGAGUGAGGAUACUCAGGUCACGACGGACAAGCAAGCGCCGCGCCGCGUCAUCACUGACACGGGCGAUAUUGUUGAGGAACAACUGGUAUUCAAAGCAGAGGAGAUAUCACAGAAAGAUACUAUUCCUUUAGAAGUUAUUCAAAAGCGUCCACGGAAAGUUGUCACGGAAGAUAAAACAUCGCGGGCUGGCUUAGCAGUGAAACAAAUAGAUAAACUGUGUAGUUCCUCCGCUAAGGAUAAAGCUAAAGCUGCUGCCGAAAAACCGGGUCACUAUCAUAAGGUUACAGUCAAAGAGGUGCAAACGGACUGCGGCUUCGCGAUCAAGAUGUACCACUGCUUGUCUUGUGAAGUCUGCGUCCCCAAUCUCGAAGAGUUCAAAAGCCAUCCGUGUAAAACAUUGAAAUACUCGUGCCCGCAUUGUCCUGUGGCUUAUGAUAACUCGAAAUCUCUAAGCGCUCACAUGAAAGUACACAAAGUUAAAGCAGACAGUGUCGUCGAUGACCCCAUACCGUACGAGUGUGAGAUAUGCUGUACAGUGUUCCCAACAAACAAGUCAUUGAAGCUACACAAACGGAUGCACGAUCCAAUUAAAUCUCGUCCCAUAGAAGCUCCAGUAGAAAACUCAGACGGUUCAGAAGUGAACGAGGAUAAAUAUCACUGUCUGGUCUGUGACAAGAUGAUACCGGAGUACUACAGGACGAUACACCAGAACUCACACAAGACCUCCAAUAUAAUGAACUGCGGUAUCUGUAACAAGAAGUUCAACUCAAUGGAGUAUCUUGAAAUGCAUAUGAAUGUACAUAAUAUGGAUAAGGUUCCAAUAAGUCAACAAGAUGAAAGUCUUCCAUACACCUGUUUAUAUUGCAACCGGAGGUUCGCCAGGCCGCACGAAAAAGUCAAACACGAAAGGAUUCAUACAGGAGAGAAGCCCCACUCGUGUGAGAUCUGCGGCAAGUCGUUCCGCGUGUCGUACUGCCUCACGCUGCACAUGCGCACCCACACGGGCGCGCGGCCCUACGCCUGUCCGCACUGCGGGAAGAGGUUCAAAGCUCACAGCGUAUACAACCACCAUUUACUGACGCACUCCGAGGUCCGCGCCUACAAAUGCCCGUACUGCCCGAAAGCCUUCAAGACGUCCGUGCAACUGGCUGGACAUAAGAAUUCUCACACUAAACCCUUCUCCUGCCAACAUUGUAAUCGUCCUUUCGCGUCUCUCUACGCGGUCCGCGUCCACACGGAGACUCACGCGCGCCAGAACAACUUGAAGUUCUCGUGUCAGCUGUGCGGCGCCAGCUACGCGCGGGCCUUCGCACUCAAGGACCACAUCAAACAAGUACACAAGCAAGAGGAACAGUCGCCGCCGAGAGUGAUGGCUACAGAUGAAGACUGGAAUCCUGACACCGACACGGAAGGAAUACAAGAGCUUAACAAAGAUUUGACGCAAGAGGUGAGCAUUUUUUAGACAGAGACGUUAGCUCCUCGACGAUCCCAUAGUUUCUAGAAGCUCGAAGCUUACUAUUGUAAUCGGUUGACCAAAAAACUUACAACCAAUGACAGCGCUUUAAAUGUGAAUUAGCGGAUGGUCAAUGGCGGGUCCAGGUAAGGGGCGGUUCAGGCCCCUCCCACCUUACCCAAAAGCCACUGAAAUGUAGUAAAAAAAAAUAUUGUGCAAUCACCUUAGGUAACGACUGACAUAAAUAAUCCUUUGCAAGAUUUAAAUUUUAACUUAAAACAACGAUUGGAUUAACAACACUGCCAGCGGUUAGCAACAUUUUUGUGUUGGUAAGCCUUUUAGAAACCGAGUGUUAUAUAUUAAUUUGUCAUAAACAUUUGUAAGUCUUUAGCCCGAUAUUACUUGUAAGUUAUCAUAUAAGCAAUGUAAUAAAUGUCUGUAUGUAUGUGGUAAAAAUGUUUGUGAAAUCUCAGCUAAUGAAUGUCUUGUAAAAAAAUAAUAUGCUUUCGUAGAACUUCUUUGAAAAUUCUAUUAAUUUUAAAUCUUGCUGAUUUUAAUCAUUUCCCAAAUACAAUAAUUAAUACUGGUAAAUUUGAGCUAGACCCAAGGUUGUCGCGGAUUAGCUUGUGGUACUAAUAUUAUCAUAAUCUCAUUAGCGACUUAUGCAUUACUAAAGAAGUCUGGGAGAUUUUCUUUUAUUUCAAUUGAAUAGUCGUCCUUGAUUACAGAUAUCUGACCUGGGGACGAAUGAAAGUGAGCUCAUUGUUCCUUAAUACUUUAGGACUUACAUUAUAGUACACUAUUAAAGUAGGUAAUUAACGAAACAGUUGAAUAAAUAGUUUGAAAUAGAUUUAGGGUGAGGAGAUGUGAGGUUUUCAUACCAAUUCAUACCAAUAAUAAACCUAACGAUCAACGAUUUGAUAAUAUUUUGGACAGUUUACUUUUUGGUGACAUCUGACAUUCGGUCGAGGCCGUGAGCGAAGCCCUUCAUAUCUUUUCUUCGCAGCAGUUGUGCUGAUUACAAAACUAGAUUACUUUUGAAAAUACUUUUGACUUUUAGGCAGAUUAAUUACUAUUGCGGAAGUGAGGUCGUUCUAGGAUAAAUUAGAUCAUGUCAGCAACUGAAUUUCCGUCAAUUAAUCUCAUCCAAUGUAAAUCGCAAAGUAAAAUGAAAAUAAAUGAACACAUUAUGAUUUUGUUGAUGAUCGAAUGAUUUCAAUCAAAAACUACUUAUAAUUUGCUCAAUAGAGUUCAAAAUUCCGUGACAAGUUUUCAAUCUCCUUUCAUUCAUUUCACUAGAUAUAAAGUUCCAUAUACAAGUGCAGUAAUAAUAUUUCUAUGAUAGUAAGUUUAUGACAGAACCACAAUAACACCUCAGGUGCUCUUAAGUAUAUUAUGCAAUAUCAAAUUAGUGAGACAUAUACCCUUAUAUUGAAAUUAAACAAUAAAUUUAAGGUCACACUUUGGUAAUUAACUAUGUAAUUACAGAAUAAGAUACAUAGAAUAAUCAUGUCCGUAAAAUAGUGAUGAAUAUGAAAUGAAUUUGUUAGUCACUCCAAUUUGAAUGGUUAUAAAGGGGUUUUAGUGCAAUCGUGGUAUAAAAAUUGUAUAUCACUUGUUAGGUACAAUUAUAGCAUAAAAAAAUUAAUUCAGAAUUAAUAAAACAGAUGAUCCUUAUUCGAAAAUUCAAAUCAUUUGUUAAGGUUUUAAUUUCCUUGUACAUAUUCAGUAAAUUAAUAUCGUUCAGAAUGAGCUUCCGGUUAUCCUCCCAAUUCCGCUAUUUGAAUUUUGCAACACAAUAAGUAGACAUAGAGUAGCUACGGGGCGAAACACUGUCAAAUUUAAUCAAAUUUCCAUUAAUUCAUCUGCCAUUGUAAAUAGCGGAAUUGGGGCCCUUAUCGAGCGAUAGAGCUGGAGACCAUAGACAAUUGGCUGGGGAGUCUUCAAGCCUCAUCAAUUCGGCGAAUCAUGCAACGCCUGCGCUACUGUUUACUGUGAUCGGAAUGGUUUUUGAGAGCAUAUACAAACUAGAUAUGUACAUUUGAGAGCGUCUGUUUGUCUGUUAUUGACUACUACUUAAUAAGCAGACAACCAGUUAAUUUAGGCUCAUUUGAAGCUCAUCCGAUAAAAGUCUGGACUCUGCAAGGGCUCUUAGUGUGUAAACUACGGAAUAGUUAUUGUACGGUCAGCAAAGGAAUGAUUAUAUUUGACUAAACUUAUCUCAUAUGCAUGUUCUUGCUGACUGUAAGUUUAAUAAUACGGGGUUUAUUAUUAUGGGAAUUAUAAUAUUUUUAAAUUAUUAGAUAAAAAUCCCGUAUUCCCGUCGGGAAAGUCAUCGACGUUGGUUGCAACGCAUAAUAUAAUUAAAACCCGGACCCACAUUAUUUAAGAAUGCAAUCCAUUUACCUUUUUAAAGCCGUUUUAGACGGUGCGAGGAGUAGCAUGCAAGUUGCUUUACAUUGCCGUCAAUGAUCAAUGACUUUUGUUGCUAUCGGAGUAUCAUCCAGCAAUGUAUAACAACUUGUACAUUUCUCGCAUCGUCUAAAUAAGCCUUUAAUUAUAGACGUAUUGUAUUUAGAAAUUGUAAAUACAAGGCGGGGGGCAGGGGGUUGUUUUAAAUUGUUACUUUAAGGUACUGUUUUUGUUCUUGAACUGUUAUGUACAUUUUAUGCUAAACGUCAGGAAUUAAUCGUUGUAAGAACCUAAUUGCCUAUAUAACGAAUGCUACUGAAAUAAACCUGUAAAGGUUUACUUAUAGAGUUAAAACAUAUUUGUAGAUCUAUCCCAAUUACUGUAACAUUGAGAUAUAAAUUUUUAGAUAAUAAUUAUCUACUUAAAUUACCAGCUACUUCCCAUACCUAGGUUUUAAUAGGAGUGUAAAUAUUUAGUAAUAAGGAUGUGUUUAUAUUAUAAAUAUGUAAUAUCUAUUGACAAUAUGUAUGAGUUGUGAUGUCCAGAGAAUAACGCACACUGUAGUUAACAGAAUUGUUUGUCUAUUCACUUGAAUUUAAUAUUUAUCAUGUAAAUGUCAAUGAAAAAUUUGCAACUACGAUUAUUUUCUUAAUUUGUUUUUAUAGAAAAUCAGAGUAAUGUUUAUCAGUGUUUGUUCUAGUCCAUAAAAUGUCAUGAAGGACUCAAAAUAAAAAUGCUACAUAAUUUUUUAAUAUAAUCAGUUUAUUGGAAAUAUAUUCAUCAAUAAAAAUGUUUUUUACAUUGAUAGAAUGGCACAUUGUUAUGAAAUUUUUGGUAUACAGCUGUAUGUUUUGUUGCCACAUUUUAAUCGAAAUAAAUCAUUAAUACUAA